AUGUCCGCACAGCAUCAUCAACAACAACGAGGAGUGGUGCCGCCCAAUACGCGGGUACGGCAAAAUCCAUUCGCUACUCAAGAACAGCCAGCAGGGGGGAGCUCAUCCGGAUGGUAUCAGCAGACUCCUACUAUGCAAGCAACACCAUCCACGUCAACUCCUUCUGCUGCUCCGGCUCCCGUGGGUGGUGGUGGGGUAACAGCGCCGUGGAACAGGGUCCAUGCUCCUGGUAUGGAGGCAGCUCCUCAUGCUGUUGGUCAUCCGAGUGGUAGUGGUGGUGGUGCUAAUGCGUAUGGUGGUAGUGGAAGCCCAUGGGGUGGUCCAUCUAUAGGGGUCGGACCACAGGGAAUGUCUCGAACGAAUGCUGGGAAGGAAGCUCCUCGAGGCCAGCACCAGCAACAACAACAUCAGCUGCACUCGCCCUUUGGAGGCGUGUCACCGUCACCAUUCUCGCAGGCUCCUGCUCAGCCUGAUGGACAUCACUAUCAACAGCCACAACAACAGGGAGAGGUCCAGGAUAAGGUUCGAGGUACUAAGCCGACGCCCUCGGGGGGAGGGUUUGCUGAUCAGCUCGUUGGGGCUGCUUUCAAUGCGGCGGCUAAGACGGCUUUUGGUGGUUCUGCCCAAGGGGGUCAGGGUAACAAUAACGACGAGAUGGUAGGAGCUGUGAUGAGCCAGGUUGGGCAGAACCUCUACCAGCAAGCGGAGGAGUCGGGGUGGACCAAAUUCAUACCCUGGGGGUUCGAUGGUCUUCGGCCAUACUUCAAUAUCACCCACAGUUACAUUAAAUGGAAGUGCUUGUUCUUGAUGGUACCCUUUGUGAAGCGCUUAUUCCAACCGGGCAGGAAUCAGAGGCAUUAUAGUAGUGAUGGCGCCAAUGAGAUGGAUAACUUGCAAGCCCCGACGCAGCGGUCGGCGGACCCGAACGAAGGUGUGGCUUUGCGAUUUGUACCCGACAGGAGACCGGAUAUGUACAUCCCCUUGAUGAGCUUCAUUUCGUACGUCCUGGCAUUUGCGGUCAUCAAAGGUGCAGCUGAUGACGGCUCGUUCCAUCCUGAUAUACUAUACGAUACGGCUACUUUUGCAGCGGUCCUGUCGGUCAUUGAGCUCGUCUUGGCUAGGGCGGCGGGGUACUUUGUAAGUAUGCGGAGUUUACGGUUAUUGGAUUUGGUAUGUGUUAUCGGCUACAAGUACUUUCACUUGUCAGUGUACUGUAUAAUGAGGAUAGUCCUGUCGAGCAAAGUCCCCACAUCGUAUUUUUGGUGGGGUCUGCUGGGUUACCUAUCUAUAGCUGCGGCAUAUGCGUGUCUGGUAUCCCUACAGUACUUCACGACAUACAAGACGGCUAUGCAAGCUCACUUGGAGGUGUCGGGAAGUCACACGAGCAUCCUCAUAAAAUACGUGGUCAUCGCUGUCGCCUUAUGCCAGUUCUUACCUUUUUUCCGAUAUGUUGGAAUACUGAUGGCCGCCGCGGCUGAGCAAAUGAAGAUCAGGGAAGAAGGUGUCAGGAUGGUAUUGAGGGAACGGCUUGGAAAGAGGCGGCCAUUGGCUGGUGAGUAUCCGUACCACUCAUGCGAUGCGGCCUUGCCUUGUACGAUGGAGGAGCUCCUUGGUGGCUCGUCGUGCCCUUCGGGGGGUCCACCCCAGUGGGAGUUGGUCGCUGGACCGCUGAGGUAUGUGCCGGGCUCAAGCGAUGGUAGCUUGUCGUCGUCGUUGUCGAGGGAAGGGAGGAAGUUGGAGGCCGCGGAUGAGCUGCAUCAUAAGGUACACCGUUUGAACGAUUGUGGAGAAGGAGCUGAGGGAGAUCCUGCUGGUCCUCAGUUGGUGGUCCGAGGGCCAUUGUCCUUGACGCCGCUGGUCACGCCGCGGUCGGCUGAGGGUGGUGUGGAUGUGAAGUGGCGGAAGUGUGGUAUCAGCACCCAUGUGCAGACGUUGGAGGUCCCUAGAAAGACUCGAGCUGGGGUCCUGCCAGUUAUCCCACCCGGUACCUACAGUUAG